AAUCCCCCGAGGGACAUUUUUUGUUUGCGGAAGUCUGGAAAGGUAGAAAAUCUGUGGUUACAAGUGAUCCUCCUACAAGUCCAAAAUGGUCGAUUUAUUCUGUGCACAGCUUUAACUCGUGCAGUCCGCGACACUUUCGUCCCAUGUUAAGUUAAGUAAAGUUAUGUUUUGUUACGUCAAGACAACUCCGAGCUGUGCAACGGACGUUUUUUUAGCGAAAGCUCCAACCGGUCGAGUUCGUCAGAGAACAUGCAACAUCCUGAGUCAGAUUCUGUGAGAAUCAUCUCAACGUCUUGUAAUGCUGGGACUGCGAGACGGCCGUUUACCAGGCGGAACGGCCCCAAACCAUGGCCCUCCGUCGCCCUUUCGGUACUGGGCUCCGUCGUAGCUGUGGCCGCUCUCGGUUCUGUCUGCGCGCUCAUGUACCCUAUAUUUAAAGAGCUGCGUGCGGAAAAGGUGAUAGGAGAAGAUGGGACUGAAGAGAGGCUGCUGGGUUUCUGGAGUAUCCUGGUGCUGUCUGUAUUAGUAGGAUGUAUCUGCUCUAUCUUUUCGUGGACUCUCACCUACCUUGACUCUUACCAGCCUGACAUGGUGUUUCCAACGAUGCUGACACUCCACCACAUCAGAGAUGAUUCUGGUCACGGUUUCCACAUGACUUAUGGCGUAGCUGUUCUUAAUGGCAUCAUGGCAAUGCUAACCGUCAUCUGGAGCCUCUCCUGAGAAAGGACACACACACGUGCACACACACAUGCACACACACAUUUGUCUGGUUAUCUUUGUGAAGACAUUGCCAUUACUUAAAUGUCCUCUCUUUGUACCAAUGUAUGUAUGUAUUCCCUAGACCCUUAAAAUAACCAUCUUAACUAAGUGCCUAUGCAAAUAAGUGAGGCACAAAUGCACAAAUGUCCUAAUUCCGAUGGUAUGAAACUAAAAACUGGUCCUCAGAAAGGCAGCUGUACAACAGCACACAAAAACUUGUGUUUCUGUCUUUUGAAAGGACACUUCAUCUACCUAUGAAUUCCCUCCAAGUUUUAACAUGGACACUUUACAAGAAAUUAAUUCUGCUAUGGGUUAAUUAUUGUGUUUUGUUGUUUUUUUUUUUUUUUUUUUUUACCUCUGUUGGUUUAGCAUAUUUUCACACAGAAGCCUUUAUUUACAAUAGGUAGAGCUUCAUGACUUACAUGUUCUCAUCUGAAAUUGUCAUUAAACUGUCAUUAUUAAGAAAAUCAAGUUGUUUCUGUGUGAAAAUGAGUUUGUGUGUGAUGUGUCUUGAAACCUUUCUUUCUGAUCAUUGUAACUACUUGUAAAAACUUGUCAUUCUAAUCUUUUAAAAUCUAGGACUCUGUGCAGGCCAGUCGAGUUCUUCCUCAUCAAACUGCUCAUCCAUAUCUUUAUGAACCUUGCUUUGUGCACUGGAACGAGAAGGGGCCAUCCCAAAACUGUUCCCACAAAGCUGGAAGCAUGGAGUUGUUGGAAUUGCAUCCAUCAAAUUGCUAGAUGGAGAAGCAUCACGGGCGUGUCCACAUGCACAUGCGUGCGCUUAUGCACACGUGUGUACACGCGAGUAUGCAGCUCCACAUGCUCGCUUGUAUGCACUUAUGCACUUUUUGCGCCACUGCUUAUAGAUAUAAUUCAAUUGGCCUUGAGUUUGACAUGUGUAUCAAAGGAUGACAGGGUUCAACCCAACUUUGCUGUCAGAGAGGAAGUAUUCUUUGAGGCUGUACAAAACUUUUAUUGGUAAGUACUACAAACAUAAAUAAGGAAACAAAUAACAUAGAUAGUUUGACUUAUUUAUUGUUUCAUCUGCCCAGGAGGAUUAUGAUGCCAGGUACCUACAGCAGUGUUGCUCCACUGAUGUCUACAUUUCAACCAUCCCAAAUGGAGAUGAAGGGAGAUUGUGGAGGUAGCUGUUGCUGUAGAACACUCUGUCACUAUGUAUCUACUGUUUUCCAUCCUUAGGCCAAGUUUAUAAUAUGACUAUAAAACUGAAAACAGAGAACAUUAGAACAUCUCAUCUCUGAUUUGUUCUAAAUAUCUGGCUUUCAAUACAUUGUACACAAAAUAACCACAACUGUCUGCAACACUAUUACUUCCUUGGGGGAUUUAGUGUGAGAACUGAAUUUACUUUACCCUGAAUUUUUCUGUAACAUGAUUUCUUAGCCCAAAAGAGAUUAAUUUUAUCCCCUUCCAUUAAACUUCAAUGUAAGACACAGUUAUUCCACACGUGAAAUAAAAUAAAACAUUAAGUUAAAUCAACUGAAUGCCCAGACAUAUUUGAAAGGCAAAAAUGGUAACCACAUUAGAUCCAAUGAAUACAGACGGUAAAUAACUUAUAUUUUCCAUCAUGUAUCCUUAUAUUAUUAACAUUCUCUGACCUCUGACCCUGAUUGAGAUGUUCCUCAGUAGAACUCAGUAGAGUUCAGAGGUUCCACUGUUGCUACAACAAAUUCAAGACAAAUUCAAAAAUACACAAACUCUACAACAAACAAAUAAGAAAAAGCAGCUUUCAGCUUUGGCUCUGUGAUUUCUAAAAAAACAAAGAUUCCCAGUGACUUUUUCAGUGACGUCCGACCAACGACAGAGACUGACAAAAUCUAUUUCAUUUUGAACGUGAGACUUUUUUUCAAUCAUUUUUAAACAGCACAGGUUUGGAUGGCAUUCAAACUCUGAAACUGUCUGCACAGCCGAAAUGUCUUAAUUUACUGUGAAUCUAAUCAUUUUUGAAGGAUGGUAUGUGCUGGAUUUAAUCUGAUAUGACUCUGUUUGAGCAUAUUGGCAGGAUUUAGGUGAACGUGUUAUUUGUAUCAUUACACUGAGCUGAUAAAAUCCUUAUCCACAUAUUAUCAUACACCAUAGCUAAUUAUCAUGUGCAAUAUUUAAGGUGAAUUCGAGAUGAAUCAUGUGUCUAAAAGUUGUGCUUGUUUUUGUUGUGUAGGUGUUGGUCUGACUCACAUUUCUUUAGUCUGUAUUCUCAUGUUUGUGACUGUAAACGUGCAUUUAAAAGCAUUAGUGUUGAUAUUGACAUAUUUUUCUUCAAUAAUUAUCACAAAUAUGACAAAUAUUCCCUUCAA